AUGCGUGCUACCGCCAGCUCUUCUUUAGCUGUACUGGAGCCUUCCGGUUCACACUGUCCCCGAGGGGAAAUAUGCGCCGGCAUUAAGUCAAACAAGCAUACAAACAUUCAUUUGCACAUACGUCUGGCCUUGUUGGACCGAGUCCCGGCCAUGACCAGCCUUUUCGCGUUGCUCUACACCUCCUCCAGACUUGACGCCUCCUCUGACUCUGCUCCGGUACAUCCAAUCGACAGUUGGCCAAGACGGAUCGACAUGCUCUAA